AUGGCCGAACGCUCCGGAAUUGUGGUCGGACUCAACGCGGGCCGGAAAACCACCGCCCUCAACACCCCCAAGACCCGCAUCUCCCGCACCAAGGGCAAGUCUUCCCGCCGCACCGCUUUCGUCCGCGAAAUCGCCCAGGAGGUCGUUGGUCUCGCUCCCUACGAGCGCCGCAUCAUUGAGUUGCUGCGCAACGCCCAGGACAAGCGUGCCCGUAAGCUUGCUAAGAAGCGCCUCGGUACUUUCGGCCGCGGCAAGGCCAAGGUUGAGUCCAUGCAGAAGGUUAUUGCUGAGUCUCGCCGCACCGGUGCUACUCACUAA